CCGCCGGUAGUUAACGGACGGCGAUGUGAGUUAACGGGAAAGUUCACUCUCAUGAAGUUCAGCUGCGUGUCGAGACGGGGAUAGUUUGUUUCCAGACUUCCAGAAGUGAUGCCAGACUGUGGUGGAGCUGUGCCAUAAACCCAGAAGGACAGUCCUCUGACCCAGCGUCUCCCAACGUGUCUCUCCCCCCCCAGGCCCCUCCUGACUCAGGGAUAUCAUGGGACGCCUCCCAGUUCACCUCUCCCCGCUCCUCUUCCUCCUCCUCGUCCUCUCCUUCCUCCUCCUCGCACACCCGUGCACCUCCAUCACGCCGCAGGUCCUGGAGCGAGCGUCAUCCUCAGAGCAGCCCCAGUCCUCCGGCAAUACCACGGGUUCCGGCAAGCGGACCUGUCCGGGUGUUGUGGUGUGCAGACCCGGUAUCCUGCUCCCGGUGUGGCUGCCGCUCAACCCUCCGCUUGGGGAGCAGACGGGCAGGGCUGUUGUCUACUUCCUCUGUCUCAUGUACAUCUUCUUGGGUGUGUCCAUCAUCGCAGAUCGCUUCAUGGCGUCCAUAGAGGUCAUCACCUCUCAGGAGAAAGAGGUGACUAUCACCAAACCCAACGGUGAAACGACAGUAACCACGGUUAGAAUCUGGAACGAGACAGUGUCCAACCUCACGCUCAUGGCCCUGGGCUCCUCGGCGCCGGAGAUCCUGCUGUCCGUCAUUGAGGUGGUUGGGCACAACUUUAACGCGGGGGAGCUCGGCCCGGGCACCAUAGUGGGCAGCGCCGCCUUCAACAUGUUCGUGAUAAUCGGUCUGUGUGUGUGGGUGAUCCCCAAUGGAGAGUCCCGCAAGAUCAAACACCUGCGAGUGUUCUUCAUCACGGCUUUCUGGAGUAUUUUCGCCUACAUCUGGCUCUACCUCAUACUGGCUGUCAUCUCACCUGGGAUUGUAGAGGUGUGGGAGGCCGUAGUGACGCUGCUGUAUUUUCCGGUGUGCGUGAUCCUGGCUUGGAUCGCCGACCGUCGCAUGCUCUUCUACAAGUACAUGCACAAGCGUUACCGCGCCGACAAGAGGCACGGCAUUGUUGUGGAAAUGGAAGGUGACCUCACUCCCAAAGGGAUUGACGUGAUCAUGGACGGGAAGCUGUCGGACGGCGGCGCAAGCCCUGGGAACUCGUCCAGUGUGACGGUCUCUGUGCAGACAGGAAGUGAACUAGACCAGAACAAAGAUGAGGUGGUCCGCAUCCUGAAGGACCUGAAGGAGAAGCACCCGGACAAAGACCUGGACCAGCUGAUUGAGAUGGCCAACUACUCGGCCUUGGUCCACCAGAAGAAGAGCCGUGCCUUCUACCGCGUCCAGGCGACGCGCAUGAUGAUCGGUGCCGGCAACAUACUAAAGAAACACGCCGCUGAACACACGCGUCGCUCGGCAGGCCAGGAGGCCGACAAGGCAACAUGCUCGCACAUUUGUUUUGAAAGUGCUCAGUACCAGUGCACGGAGAACUGCGGCUCCAUGACCCUCGGGGUGAUCCUCGAGGGGGGUACGGGCGAGAACACGUUCUAUGUGGACUACUGUACGGAGAACGGCUCUGCCAAUGCCGGGGCCGACUAUGAAUUCAGUGAGGGGACCUUGGUGUUUAAACCAGGGGAGAGCCGCAAAGAGAUCAAGGUGGGCAUCCUGGAUGAUGACAUCUUCGAGGAGGACGAACAUUUCUUCGUGCGACUCCAGAACCUGAGGCUGGAGGAAGGGGCAACCGAGGCGACUGGAACACCGCCGAAAGGUCGACUGGUGGAGCCACUGGUCGCCACUGUCACCAUCUUGGACGACGACCACGCCGGCAUCUUCACAUUCGGCCAGCGAGUGCUGCGCGUGAGUGAGAGCACCGGCACGCUGGCGGUGACGGUGGUGAGGAACUCGGGCUCCAGGGGCACCGUGGCCGUGCCGUACCACACUGAGGACGGGAGCGCCAGGGCCGGGGUGGACUACGAGCACGCCGGAGGAGAGCUGGAGUUCACCAAUGAACAGACCAGUCAGAUUUUACAGGUGCGCAUUAUAAAUGUGGAGGAGUACGAGAAGCAGGAAAACUUCUUCAUCAUGCUCGAGGACCCCAAAUGGCUAAAGCGAGGACUCUCUGCAUUGCUACUAAACCAGGAGGAUGGGCAAGGCAACCCCACCCCUGAGGAGGAGGAGGCCCGGAGGAUCUCAGAGAUGGGCAAACCCAUUCUAGGGGAGCACAGCAGGCUGGAGGUCAUCAUAGAGGAGUCCUGUGAGUUUAAGAACACAGUGGACAAACUCCUGAGGGACACCAAUCUGGCUUUGGUGCUUGGCACUCACUCGUGGAGAGAGCAGUUCAUUGGAGCGGUCACAGUCAGUGCAGGUGAUGGAGAUGAUGACGAGGGACAGGAGCAGCGAAUGCCCAACUGCUUCGACUAUUUCAUGCACAUAUUGUGCGUUUUCUGGAAGAUUCUGUUCGCCUGCGUCCCACCCACAGAGUACUGGAACGGCUGGGCGUGCUUCAUAGUGUCAAUCUCUGUCAUCGGUUUCUUAACGGCCAUUAUUGGUGACCUAGCCUCCCACUUUGGCUGCACCGUCGGCCUGAGGGACUCCGUCACCGCCGUGGUCUUUGUAGCACUGGGGACUUCACUUCCUGACACCUUUGCCAGUAAAGUGGCUGCCACUCAGGACCAGUAUGCGGACGCGUGUGUGGGGAACGUGACAGGAAGCAACGCAGUCAAUGUAUUUUUGGGCAUUGGGGUGGCCUGGUCCAUUGCUUCCAUAUACUGGCAAGUGAAAGGCAAGGUGUUCCGCGUCGACCCCGGCUCGCUGGCCUUCUCCGUCACCCUCUUCACCAUCUUCGCCUUCGUAGCCAUGGGGUUGCUGAUGCUACGCCGGAGGCCGUCUGUAGGUGGCGAACUGGGCGGCCCGCGGAUCCCCAAAAUCCUCACUUCGCUGUUCCUCUUCGGACUCUGGUUCCUCUACAUCCUCUUCGCCAGCUUAGAGGCCUACUGCCAUAUACAGGGCUUCUAAAAAAGAGCACAGCUGGGAGAGUGAUGACUGCACAAUAAUAAUAAAAUAUACACAUCACCAGGACAUUCACCUGUGCAGUUCUGUUCCAGUGACUCAUCACUGAGAAGACUUAUAAUCACUUGACAAACUGCUGCCAUGGUUCUUAAAAAUAUAUAUAUAUAAAAACACCACAGACUCGCACAUGCAAAUACGUACAUCUCGACCUACUGCAGGACAGUUCCAAUCAGCAGAAUAUUUGACUAAAUAACCUGCAGUGACUGGUUUUUGAUGAAG